GUCCAGCACCCCAACCUACACGGAAGGUCCAGCACCCCAACCUACAUGGAAGGUCCAGCACCCCAACCUACACGGAAGGUCCAGCACCCCAACCUACACAGAAGGUCCAGCACCCCAACCUACACGGAAGGUCCAGCACCUCAGCCUACACGGAAGGUCCAGCACCUCAGCCUACACGGAAGGUCCAGCACCUCAGCCUACACGGAAGGUCCAGCACCCCAACCUACACGGAAGGUCCAGCACCUCAGCCUACACACACAGUUCAUCAUGUGGAUAUUUAA